AACAAAGUCAGGUAACAACAUGCAGGUAGCCAUAUUGUUGUUAAGGGACAAAAAAAACACAGAUACCUCUUCAGACUACACAGACUCUCCAGAACUAUACAAGACUGUGUAAAAAAAAAAAGGAUAUUGAAAAUACUGUCAUGUCAUUUGUGGCGUAAAUCUUCAUCACAUAUCAAAUAAAAGUGCAUGAAAUCAGUUCUAUUCAUACAUACUUUUAAAGCACAAUACAUGCAUUUUAAAGUAAGUUGCUUAAUGUUCACAUGUAAAAAAAAAUAAAGUGAUUUCAUAAAAUUAUUGUACAACGGCAACCGAAUGAAAUGCAGCUGGCCUGUGGGGGAUAUACAGAUGGGGGGAGGUUGACGAAAUGCGGGGCGUAACGCCUCUGUCUGUAGCAGGCAUACUCGCCUACGAGGAGAAUGGGAGUGAGAGAGAGAUAGAAGGGGAGGGAGGAGGAACUUGAAGGAAAAAAGUUACAAUAAAAAUGGCUUCCUUGACUUUAGAGUCCACAGAACAAACUGAAAAUGGCCCAAAGGCGUCCACGCAAGAUGAAGCCAAAGUCAAAGAGGAGAUGGAUCCGGACGAAGUUUCGGAACAACUGCUUCAAACCUUCCAGAACUCGGCGCUCAGUUUUUCCACCGAUCAAGUCGCGUGUCUGUGCGAGGCUCUCCUGCAAGCGGGCAAUGUGGAUCGCCUGUGGAGAUUCCUCUCCACCAUCCCUCCUUCAGCCGAUCUGCUACGUGGCAACGAGACCCUGCUAAAGGCCCAGGCGUUGGUCGCUUUUCACCGGGAGGAAUUCAAAGAGUUGUACGCCAUCCUGGACAGUCACGACUUCCACCCGAGUAACCAUGGGUUCCUGCAAGACCUAUACUUGAAGGCGCGCUACAAGGAGGCUGAGAGAUCCAGGGGUCGCAGUCUGGGCGCCGUGGAUAAAUAUCGACUCCGCAAAAAGUUUCCCUUGCCAAAAACCAUUUGGGAUGGAGAAGAGACGGUGUACUGCUUCAAGGAGAAGUCGCGCACCGCUCUGAAGGAUUGUUACAAAAUCAACAGGUAUCCCACUCCGGAAGAGAAGAAGAAUUUAGCCAAAGUCACCGGACUUUCUUUGACUCAAGUGAGCAACUGGUUCAAGAAUCGCCGACAGAGGGACCGGACCCCGUCCGGUACAAACAGCAAAAGUGAAUCUGAUGGGAACCACAGCACAGAGGAUGAAGCCAGCAAGGGAGACCUGGAGGAUAUUACUGACAAACCUGCUGCUCAAGAGACAGGCAGCUCUAAUACUUCUCUUAUGUCUCUCACUGGUGCUCCUUGCAGUACUAGUGGUCAGCUUAUUCUCAACAGCACAGGGGGAUUCCUCACAAGCUCUCAUCCACUGCUGCUCAAUGGGAGCCCUAUACUCUCUGCGGCAGGGACCGGGGUCAUUAUUAAUGGUUUGACACUAAGUGAUGGCCACACAGUCACUCUAAGUCCUGUUACAGCUAAUGCACCAUUGCUACUAAAUAGGGGGCAAGUGAUCUCCAAAGAGGAGCGUGGUGUCAAAGAUAUGGAGGCCCAAGGCAGUCUGCCCACUGUGGUGCUGAAUCCACAAGCCAGUCUAUCUAGUACAAUACCUCACUAUGCAAUACAAUCUCUUAGUGAGGAAGCAAAAACAGCCAGCAGCAAUGUCUCUCCACUGGAUUUUAUCAGUCUUCCAGAGGCCUUGAAGAAUCCAGAUAGUACCCAGUCAGUGCUUACAAACUCUAUGUCCACUUCCACCAUCUCCACUUCUGUCGUCUCUCCCACAUCUCUUCCUGCAGUAGCAUUGGCUCAAAAUAGUGUUCCUGCAUCAACAGCAGGCUCUGUGAGAUCAGUCAUCUCCAGUCCAUUGGUACCACUACAGCCGACACAGCCAUCAGAGCUUGUUGUAGUAGCAAAGGCUGAACCUCAGCCACCUGCCAGCAGCUUCAUCUCAAGCCCUCAGGUGCUCUCUUUACCCCAGGUGGUACCAUCUAUACAGGGUAUUCCAGUGUCUCAAUUUAUGCAGAAUCCAUCUGGGGCUACAAUAUCAUCCUGCCCCCAGCUUGUUCCAGUCUCCCCUGUCCAUCCACAUUUACCGCAAAACUCCAUUCCUCAGUUUCAGACACAGACAUUGCACAGUGUUCCCAGACUUGCUCAAGCCCAGCCCCAAAAUGUAGCCACCAUACUAGGCACAAAUACUGCUUUAUCUCUACCCCAGAUGGGUGAUGGGCAAGUUUCCCAAGUGCUUACAACUCAGUUUGGAGAUGAAGCUACUUCAGCUACCAUCCCACAGAUACAGACCUCCAUGGCUACACAAGUCUUUCCCAUCUCCUCCCCGACUCAAGUUGUGCCCAUUUCCCAUCCCAAAGACACAAGCCAGCCUCAGCUGGUCCCUCUGUCACUGCCUCAACUCAUGCCUGUAUCAUCCAUUGCAGGAACGCCCACUGGAACUUUCUCUUUCCCUCAGGUGGUCCCAGCAGCACCAUCACUCUCCAUCCCAUCCCCUGGUGGUGCGUUCCAGAUUCUAACACCCAUGUCUGGAACAUCAUUGAGUGUUGCGCAGGGACCGAUAUGCCUAAGCCCAGUAGGACCUCCACAGAGUGUCCCUACUGCUUCCAUCCCAGGUGUUCAGCUUCUUAAUUCUGGCCUGAUUCAACUCCCUUCUGCCUCUCCAGGCAACAUCCUCUUAGCAGGUGGUAUAGGGGGCAGCCCCAUCCUAAGUGUUCAGAAUGGCAAACUCAUCCUCACUAUCCCAGCUGGCAUCCAGUUCACCAGCAUGCCUGUCAAGUCUGUCCCAGAAAAUUCAGUCUUAAGCAACAGCACCCUUGAUCAAAUCUCAGCUGUUCCUCUGUUUGAGAAUCAACCAGCAGCUUCACUCACUGCUCAAACCUCAAAUUCACUACAAUUAUCUCCUUUGGGGUUUGUUGGCUCCUCUACACUUUACUGCAGCCCCGAGCCUGGGACUAUUGCUAACCCAACCCCAGGAGCCUCUCCGAACACCCCAGACUCUUCCAGCACUCCCACUCCUACAGGCAUCCUACAAUCCCAGCAGACUCUCAGCCCUGAUAGCAUGUUUCCCCUCAGUCCAAUCUGUGGUGGAGUGGCAACUGGCCCCCACCUCUCCCACCCAGUCUGGAGCCCCAUCCCACUGUCCUCCUCUUCUAGCCUGACAUUAUUUGAUGUGCGUGGGAAGGGUGAUCUUCAAGAGGACCCCGUUUUGUUGGGCCUGCCAGGUGGAGAGUCCCUCCUGUUGGGCACUUCUCCAAGUGAGGACGUUGAGAGAGAUUCUCAACUGGACGAUGUGGACGAAAUGGGUGGGGACUCGAAAAUUCUUACACAACUGCAGUCUGUCCCUGUGGAUGAUGAGUUGGGUUUGUAAUUACCAGUCAUUGUUGACGGCCUGCAAGAUACAGUGUUAAAUCUCAGCCAACAGUAGUUAUAAUCAACCAAACCAUGACCUAGUAGUGAGAGGAGUUAUGAUUUAGAGGUCUUUUCUUACUCCACCUUAUCUAGGUUGAGGUUUAAUUACUGGAAUUAUACAGCUUGAUAACCCAAGUUAUUGAAAGAAACUUCCAUUUUGUUGAAAUGAUUGUCUUUCAUGUACAUUGACUUUGGUUGUGAAAACAGAAUUCAAAAAGGGGUUUCAAUAUAGAGGUUUCAUUAUUAGUGCUGGGACAAGGCAAUGUCAGGGUUAGUUACAGUGGACAUUGUAUAACCGAUAUUCACCUCCAGGAAAAUGAAAUCUCAGUAUGUGUCUAUAUGUUAGUUCUGAAUUUGCUGAAAUGCAGAUCUUGAGGUAUGUUACAAGACCCUAUAUGAGUGGUAAUAAGGCACUAAUGUGUAUGUCAAAGGCAAUCAUGUUUUAUUUGAGAGUGAAGGGUGUGAGACUUUUUCCUUUGUGCCUUAGAUAUUUUUUGUUACUUUACACUUUAUAAACAAUUAUGAACAGUACCUUUUUUUUCUUUUAAUGAUAAUAAACUUCUAUUAGGUUUUCCAUUCUAAAGACAAUAGACUGGAGGUACUUGCAUGUUUUAUGCUGAUAGCAGUACUGGCCUCUUGUAAUGAAAUGGGUCCCACUACAAACCUAAGUAUUUAAGAUCAAACUGUGUCUGAACACAAAAAGCUUUUUAAUCAAAGAUCUAUUAGUUUAAAUGAUCAUAAAGCUACCCGGGUGCACUUGCAGCCACCUGCGCUGGCACAAAGGACAAUAAAGAAAUCUGCAAAAACAGUUAAAUAAACCCGCUGAGCGUAAGAUGAGACAUUGUAAAGGAAUGCAUACGAUUUGGGUGACAAAAUGAAGCAACCCUUCAGGUGCCUGCCAACUGCAUUGGAAAUAUAACAUCAUUACAACAUCAUUACUGCUAAAUAAUAUUUUUUAGAGUGUUUUUCUUUCUUGAAUUGGUUGUAACUGCUAAAUGUGAGAUGGUCAUGCAGAUGUUUGAAGUGCCCUGUAAGAGAAGCUUGGAUUUGAACAUCUCACUUUUGAACACUCCGAGAAUCACUGUUACUAUUUGUUAUUUAAUAUGGACAAUUUCUUGCAGACUAAAUACUGAAUCAUGAUGGUGCACCAGGCUGACUAUAAAAAUUCAGUCUGAACUUUAGAUUCUGGUUUCAUAGAUCGAUAAAACACUGUGGUCUCCCAAGCAUUCUAGCUCAUCACUAAAACUGAAAGUGUGUAAACCUAAUAGCUCUAGUGUUCUGUUUAAAGGGAAUUGAAGUACUGCUAUUGUUUGAAUAUUUCUCUAUGCAACAAUGGUUCCACAUGAUAACUGACCCAUGGUUAUAUAACUCUUAACUCUAAGAUGUGGCUCCUUUUUUGUUUAAUGUUGAAAACAGCCAUUUGUUACACUAUAAAUCCACCAUGUACAUAUACAAUGAAAUGUUUUGUUUUGUCUUUUUUUUUUACUUAAUUCUAAUCAAGUGGAAUUAUGUCUUUGUGACUAAACUCGAAAUACUAUUGACUUUUUCCAUGCAAGAUUUUGAACGACACACUGGUGUGUGACCACAAGCAGUGCGUUUGCCUUGAUUCUGGUCAUUUUCACCACCAGACAGAUAUUCUCAAUACAGAGCACUGCUCUGUAAGUUUUGCACAUUUUAUCAUUUUAUUCGUGAAGCAUAAUAUUUUUUUUCUGUCCCCAAAUUCAGUGCUAUAUUGUUCAAGAGUUAAAUCAUUCACUUGUAGGCUUUUGUAUCAUAGCAGAAUAUUAGGACUAUAAGCCUUUGGCAUCUAUCCUUGGUGUACAAAGCAAUAUUCCUGGUCUAAAUCAUAUAUAUAUAUAUAUAUAUAUAUAUAUAUAUAUAUAUAUAUAUAUAUACCCUUUUUCUUUAUAUUUAAUGCAUGUAUCAGUCAUUUUGGGGUCAUUCUAUGAUGGACUUUGUUUUAUUUUUUUAUUCUAGCUUAGUUUUACACUCCAUUUCAUACCAUGUUUUUGCUUUGUGUAGAAUCUAACCUAAUUUCUGUGUUUCAUUAAUGAUUUCAUGAAAGAGUUUACACAUUUAUGCUGCAUAGGACUUUUAGCAUUGACUUGCCAAAGUUUGUUUCUUUCAAGUACCUGGACAAUGUUUUUAACAUUUUGGAAAGUAAAGUGUGUGUGUGUGUGUUGCUAUUACUCUUUGAGACUGUUAUGGUUCCUGUUAAUGCACAGAUAUUUUAGUCUGUAGAGUUAUCUUUGUUAGUUCUGUUCACUUAUUUUCUUUGUUUCUGAAUACUCUUAUCAUGUAUACACAGAAAAAUAUGCAGCUGAGCAAACCAAAGAUUUUUUGUAUCAUUUAAUGUACUGUAGUAAAGGGAGUUUUCUUUUACCUUUUAUUGUAAAACGACAUCUCUUUUCAUAGAGGUGUCUUGUAUUUCUUAUAGUUGUUUUUUUUUUUUUUUAUAUAUAUGCCAUUUUAUUGUGACUUGUAAUAAA